AUAAAUGUAUUUUGCUUUCUGCAGAAUGAUGGCAGUUUUGGUGCAUCAGGUGGAAAUCGUUCUUUCCAGCUGCAAAAUUGGAAGCAGAAAGUUAAUCGGACUAAGAAAACAGAAUUCAUAUACACAGCAGAAAGAUUUAAAAAUCAAGUUAUUACAUUGGAAAAGGAUAAAUAUAGUCAUUUCUACAAUCAAAAAAAUGACUUCAGAAUUGAACAUAAUAUGUUGGAAGAAUUGGAAAAUAAGUUGAUUAACAACAGGAAAACAGAAAGAGCAAGAAUUCAGCAACAAUUGGCCAAAAUACAUAACAAUGUAAAGAGACUUCAGCAUCAGUUAAGAGAUGUUACACCUACUCCCGAUUUUGUUGAAAAGCUCAGAGAAAUGAUGGAAGAAAUUGAAAAUGCAAUUAAUACUUUUAAGGAAGAGCAGAGGUUAAUAUAUGAAGAACUAAUUAAAGAAGAAAAAACAACUAAUAAUGAGUUAAGUGCCAUAUCCAGAAAAAUUGACACCUGGGCACUGGGUAAUUCAGAAACAGAGAAAGCUUUCAGAACCAUGUCAAGCAAAGUUUCUCUAGACAAAGUCACACCAUGCACGCUUGCAGAUGAAGUGGUCGAUUUUGAAAAAUUCCUUCUGCAAACAGGAGGGCGUCAGGGGGGCUGGGAAGAUUAUGAUCACCAGAGCUUCUUAAAAGUGAGAACCAAGUAUAAAGGGAAGCCAGCUUAUAUAGAAGAAGUUCUAGAAUACCUUCCUGGGAAGACAAAGGAUGAAGUGGAACAACAUGAGAAAUGGUAUCAGAGAUAUCUGGCCUUGGAAGAAAAAAAGAAAGAGUCAAUUCAGAAUUGGAAAAUUAAAAAGCAGCAAAAAAGGGAGGAAAUCUUCAAGUUAAAGGAAAAGGCAGAAAACAUACCUAUGCUUUUUUGUAAUAAACAAGAAGAUAAUCAGAAGUUAAAAGAACAAAGGAAAAAGAAGAAAUUGGCCAUUGAAGCUUGGAAAAACCAAAAAAGUACAGAGAUGUCAAAGAAAUAUGCUUCCCAGUUAAAAGAAGAGGAAGAGAAAGAGAAAAGGCAGCAAAAAGAGCGUCAACGCCACUUUAAACUAAAAUUACUAUUGGAAAGUUAUGCCCAACAGAAAAAAGAACAGGAAGAAUUUUUGAGACUUGAAAAGGAAAUGAGAGAAAAGAGAGAAAAGGCAGAAAAAAGGAAAACUGCUGCUGAUGAAAUUUCCAGGUUUCAAGAAAGAGAUUUACAUAAGCUUGAAUUAAAAAUUCAAGAUAAACAAUCAAAGGAAAAUGAAAAGGCAGAAAAACUCAGAAGACUGGCAAAAUUGAAAGAAAAGGUGGAAACCAAUGUCAGCAGAGAUCCCUCUAGGCUUUACCGACCUACCAAAGGUUGGGAAGAGCGAACCAAAAAGAUAGGACCAACAGGCUCAAAGCCUCUUCUUCAAAUCCCCCAUAGGGCUAUUCCAGCAUGGAGACAAGGACUAUAGGGAAGAUCAGAGAAUAAAAUAGCUAUUAAGUUGCUGAGAAUGGUAGCACUUUCACCUAUACAGAAGACAGUAGUUAACUUUGUUCUCUAAAAACCAGUCCUCAUCAGAUUGGUACUGUGUUGUAUGUGAAUUGAUAAGUGUUGCCAUUAGUAUUUCCUGUUUAUGCUUAUUGAGGGUACUUAAUGUGUUUGCUGGACUCAUUGAUGUUAAUCUUAUUUUUAAAUAAGAUUAUAUAUAAAGCAUUUCAAUACUCAGAACAUUUCAAAGAUUUUUUUGUGUGGUGGCAUAGCAAAAUAAAAUUGAGGUGAUCAUAGGGUGAC